GGAGCGAAUUCAUAAUUUCUCCCAUCCAAAGAUAAAAACGCUUCCCACUUCUUCUACUUCUGGCGCCAUUUGCAGAGUCUUUCUGGUUCAAACCUGAACUGUUCACCUUUUAGGCUUCCAAUACUAGAAACCCAAACAACAUCUUUAUACCUUCUUUCAUUGUUAUCUUCCUUGUUCAAACGCUUUUUUGAUGGAAGAAAAAGAUGCCCAUGUUUUUGGGUCACCGGGGAACUCAGACUCCGGGCAGCAUGUGCAACCCGUCGGAGUCUCCGUGCCUCAGGUAACGAACAUGACGGGGAAUAUGAACUUGCAGAACAGUGGAGGCGCAGCACCAAUGACAUCGCCUGCAAGUACCGGAGGAGGAGGGCAAGGGAGUUUGGAUUUGUUCGGGAAAAAGAAGAGAGGGAGGCCGAGAAAAUAUGAUUCAGAUGGGAAGCCGAGGGUGACGACGUCGUACCCGGGUGCAGCAUCAAAACAAGGCUUUUCUUUUUCCCCAACCUCACCUUCUGAGUUCUCCACCAAAAGGGGGCGAGGCAGACCACCUGGCUCUGGCAACUGGCAGCUCCUCGCAUCUUUAGGUGAGUUGUUUGCAAACACAGCAGGUGGGGAUUUCACACCUCAUGUAGUCACUGUUCAUUCUGGAGAGGAUGUCGCUGGAAAAAUCGUGUCAUUUGCUCAGAAAGGUACAAGAGGAGUUUGCGUUCUUUCUGCCAAUGGAGCUAUAUCUAAUGUCACUCUACGGCAGCCUGGUUCUUCUGGUGGCUUAUUAACAUACGAGGGUCGGUUCGAGAUUUUGUCCUUGUCCGGGUCAUUCACAAUGUCUGAUAAUGGCGGCAUGAGAAGUCGAACUGGUGGGUUGAGUGUCUCACUGGCCGGCCCUGAUGGUCGUGUCAUAGGCGGUGGCGUUGCUGGUCUCCUAACUGCUGCUAGUCCAAUCCAAAUUGUGAUGGGAAGCUUCAUGCCGUAUGGUCACAAGGCACAGAAAAGAAAGCAACAUCGUGAGAACACUGCGGCAUCUCCAGUUUCUGGUGCGGAUGCUGUGAUGGCGGCAAGGCCUAUCUCACAGGCAAAUCCUGAUGCUGCUGAAAACUGUUUCACUCCCAUGGCCCAGCAGCAGCUUCCAGAGCAAAGCCACAGAGAAUCAGACAACAUUACAAGCAGCGAUAAGCAGAGUUUAGAUGCCACACCCAUUGCUUCUGAUUGGAAUGGAUUUGAAGAGUUGUCAGAUCAGGGCCCAACCCCAGACAUCAAUAUAUCUCUGCCUGGGGAAUAGAAGCUUAAAGUCAAGGUAAAGGUGAUCCGGAGGCUGACAUGGUAACUAGAAAGAAAGUACUAACAUUGAAACUUUUGGGGUGACCACCUGAUCGUUAGAUCCAGCAAUAGAGAUUUGAUUUAUAUAUCAGAUAUUUGCAGGAAUUAGUUAGAAACGAUUUGGACUUUAAUUUUUUUUUUUUUAAAUGCUAGAGUUGCUGUUGAACACUCACAAUUUAAUUUCUAUUUGUUGAAGUGGGGGUAGGUAGGCGCAUGAUGAUCAGAGAUUGUAGGCUGUUCCGAGCAGUAAUACCAGUGACUGGUACCUUUCACUUAUGCGGAGUCAUCUAUACUUAUC